AUGUCCGUUACGGGUAUACACGACUGGCCGUACACAGUAGGCAGCUGAUUGUUCGCGGACCUCCAAAAUACCAUAGAAGAAGAAGAAACGGAUGUAAGCUAAGCGGUUUGAGCUUCCUUGGCAACGUGAGGCUUUUUAUAGCUACAUUUUGUUAGCAUGUCUUCAAUAGUGUUGGAUUUUCGUGCAUAGAUCACAUGUGAGUAGUUUGUCUCGUUUCCUAGUUUAUGCUAGCUAUUGUUUUGCGGUGCUAGCAAACGUGAUACAGAAGUAGCUUUGCAACCUAUUCAAGCCAAAUCGCGUUGCUAGCUAACGUUAGCUAUGUUUUUAUCUAGCUAACGUUAGCCGGUAGAGUUCGCACCUGUUAGACAAAAAUGUCCACAUACCAUUUGUAUCGCGCAGUGCAGCUAGUUAUUGUACUUUCUGCAUGUGUGACCCAUGCGGCCACAGAUGGAGGAGUCAACACAGAGUCUUCAAUAACAACGAACAGUCCAAAAACCUAUGAGCCUUUCAGUACCACUGACCCGAUGUAUACCGUUUCAACUGUUGAAUUGGAUACUUUUGCAACUGCUUCUGCUGAAACUGUCACUCAAGAUGGUGUUUCCACGGUAACCACGGACCUGGCUCCAUCAUCUGAAGCCACCACCGAGCCAGUCAUUGAAACUGUCCCACCUCCUGUUGAAACUACUGCCAAAUCAAGUCUGAUUCCAAAAGUGUGUUUAUGUGAUUUGACUCCAGACUUCUGUGAUAUUGGCUGCUGCUGCGACAUUGUGGACUGCGACAUCCCUGACUUGAGCUCUGUCUUCAAUGGCUGUUUAGAUGAAGUCAUAUAUGGUGAAUGCAUUGAGAGCUGGUUGAUAUUCAGAGUCAAUGUGGAUCCUUCAUGCGUCACUGUCACAAACAAAUUGGUCUGCAUUCGACCAGAAGAGGAUAAUACUACAGUUUCCCAGAUCCUUCCAGCUCUUGCUAAUACACCAUUGGACUCCUCCUACCACUUCUCUUGGAAGGGAUCCGCAACUUAUAGUACCCACACCAAAGAUUUCUACAGGGUUGAUGACACAAUCAUGUCCCAUUUCAACAGCUCCUCCAUUCGUGGGGUCCUUCGACAGCCUUCACCAGGGGCCGCCACGUCUUCCUGUGUCGACCGUAACCCUGCCAGGUUCCUGAGGUCUAUUUCUCUCUCUUGCACCCGCACACUGACUCCCCUAUCCUGUGCCACAGACCCCAGUCUCAAUGCACAGUCCUACUUCCAUGACAUCAGCCUGCUCAAGAUUCCAGUCCGUGAGAGUAUUCAGAUUUUACCAGAUAAUCUGAUCCCAGUCACUCCAGUAGUUGGCCAUGGUUGGCCUAAACCGAGAGAACAAAAUGGUUCCUGUCUCAAUGUGGUGUCAAAGGUGGACUAUCUUAUAUGGUACACAAUUAUAGGGGAGAUCGCUAUGGCAACAGUAAACAUGGUCUUGGUAGACACGGACUCUGAUACGAAUCUUUUGCAGAAGCACACUGUCCGUUUCCAGUUAUCCACGCCCCCUCCUACUCCUGAACCAACCCCUGUGGUGGGACUAACAAUGGGGACUCCUGUGAUUGGUCAGUUUGGCGACGCGGUCCAACCUCUAACUCUUCUGGGUGUGUCACUGGGGGGAGAGUGCUCUAUUAACCCCAAUAGCCGCAUGCCCAUCCUUUUCACUCACAACACCAUCACAGGCUGUACCUUCAGUUCUCCCUCGAGUAACUGCUCUAAGCUGCGCUCCCAGCUCUAUAGGGUCCUCCGGGGGGUUGCCACACCCAACCUGGUUGCCAUGACUGUGGGGUCACAACCAGACUGGGCAAGAGUCAUCACACAGGCAUGCUCUGUGAUGCCACAGUCUCCGGAGGAGUCGUGUGAGUCCGGGUGUCUCCUCCCCCACUCCCUGUCAGUCCAGGUGCUGUGGGCUCAGACAGGUCUCCUGGCCUUUCCCCAGAACUACAUUCUAGGGGCCAAAUACCUCUUCCACUGUCAGAAGGUCAAGUGUCCCCUCGUCUCGCCUUUCGCUGUGACCACAGAGGUGAUGUUUGUUGACACUACAGUCUACCCAGAACCCCCCAGGGGAACGCCACAGCCCAAGUGGAAAUUUCCAUUUGACUUCUUCUCCAGAGGGACAGGCGAGCUGGAUGGACAGACUGUCACCACCAACAGUAGUGACCUCAAAAAGGUCACGUGGGAUAUAAUGUUGGUUGCACUACUACUGUUGUGCUGGUUUCACUAAAAUGUUUGUUACAGAACUAGAAAUGUUCACUUGAUAAUCAAUUUAGCCUGCAUGUUGGAUUUUUUUGUUACUGUUUGUGAGGCUGAAUAGAUUAAAUUAGUGAAAUUGGGCACAAUUGUUUGGUUUGAAAUCUCAGGUCAUUUAAAAUUAAACAUUGAUGAUUUCCUAAACUACCA